UUCUCUUUUGCGCCGAGGUCCCGGAUAUUGCCUCCUUUUCCCUUCUCCGAAGAUGGCGGGCGAGAAGAAAGCAAAGAGGGUUCGGAAGGUUCAUACCAGCCGCAACCCAGUGCUGGCUCGGGGAAUCGGGAGGUAUUCCCGGUCUGCCAUGUAUGCUCGGAAGGCCAUGUACAAGCGCAAGUACAAAGCUCCAGAAACUAAGAUAGAAAAGAAGAAAAGAGAGAAAGAGCCAGCUACUAUCACGAAGCCUGUUGGAGGUGAUAAGAAUGGAGGCAACAGGGUGGUCAAACUUCGCAAAAUGCCGAGGUACUACCCAACAGAAGAUGUUCCCCGCAAACUCCUGAGUCAUGGCAAAAAGAAUUUUGCCCUACACAAGAGGAAGCUGCGGGCUUCAAUAACCCCAGGAACUGUUGUGAUCCUUCUCACUGGUCGCCACCGAGGCAAGCGUGUGGUCUUUCUGAAGCAGCUCGGAAGCGGUCUGUUGCUUGUAACAGGCCCCCUUACUAUCAACCGGGUCCCCCUGCGCAGGGCUCACCAGAAGUUCGUCAUUGCCACUUCAACCAAGGUUGACAUCUCCAGUGUGAAACUUCCAAAGCACCUCAGCGACCUUUACUUCAAGAAGAAGAGGCUGCGUAAACCCAAACACCAGGAGGGCGAAAUUUUUGACACCGAGAAAGAGAAAUACGAGAUAACGGAGCGACGCAAGGCCGACCAGAAGCAUGUGGACUCCCAGCUCUUGCCCAUCAUCAAGAAGGUGCCUCAGCUGCGAGGCUAUUUGCGUUCAACAUUUUCGCUUUCCAAUGGAGUUUAUCCUCACAAAUUGGUUUUCUAAAUUGUCUGGAGACACCACAGUAAAGUUUGGAGAAAAAAAGAA